AGGGGAGAGAAUCAGUUCCGCUUGUUCCCUUUGGGGAAAAUAAGGUUUAGAAGGAGAAAGCUCAUUUUUGGCGGACAGAUGGGUCCGUCCCAAGGAUGGAUGGGGUGGAUGGACGGGGCGCUUUUGGUCCAUGGGCACAGUGACACAGACACGGGGCACCCACUCGCAAGGGGAGAACGCAGACCCCUCCUCACGGCUCCCGGAUCCCCGUGGGGGGGGAAGGAGGCCCCGAUCCCCCCACCCCGAGGCGGCAGAGGGCGGAGCGGGCGGGCGGAGCGCGGUGUCCGACCGCCCCAUAGCGCCGGUGGGGCCGCUGGGUCGGGUCGCAUCGGGAUGGAGGGUGCGCCCGGGAGAGCGCAGCCGGUGCCUUCCGCCGCCACCGCCGCGGCUCUGCGGUUGGCGUUGGCCGUGCCGGGUUUGCCCGACGGUCCUUUCGGUUGCCCCAUCUGCCUGGAUCUGCUGAAGGACCCGGUGACGGUGCCGUGCGGCCAUAACUUCUGCCAGGGCUGUCUGGGGAAGCUCCGAGGGAGGACGGGCCCCCCCGACGGGGCGGCGGGCGGGGCGGCACGCUGCCCGCUGUGCCAGGAGCCCUUCCCGGCGGCUCUGAGGCUCAGCAAGAACCGCGCCCUGUGCGAGGUGCUGCCGCUGCUGGGGGCCGCAGGGGCCGGGUCGUCCCCCGACGGAUCGCGGACCCCCCCGGCCAUCGCAUCCCCUCAGCCCGGGCCCGGAUCCCCCCCCGGUAGCGCCGGGUUCAGCACAACGGGACCCCCCGGAGCCGCGUCCUCACCCACCGAGAUGGCGCCGGGGGCAGAAGAGGAGCCGGAGGGAGAAGCGGAGUUGGAGGAGGGGGCUUCGGGGGUGCUGUGCGAUGUGUGCCCCGAGGGGAGCCGGGCGGCGGCUGCCCGCUCGUGCCUGGUGUGCCUGGCGUCCUUCUGCGGUGCCCACCUGGAGCCCCACCGGCGCUCCCCGGCGUUCCGCUCUCAUCGCCUCGUAGCCCCGUUACGGCGCUUGGAAGAAGGGCUGUGCCCGCGGCACCUGCAGCCCCUCGACGGCUUCUGCAGGGCCGAGCAGACCUGCGUGUGCGCCCGCUGCCGAACCCACGAGCACCGCGGCCACGACGUGGUGACCCUCGAGAAGGAGCGGGAGCUCAAGGAGGCUCAGCAAGCCAAAUUCCUCAGCAGUGUGGACAACGAGCUGGAAGAGCUGGCUGUCACCAUCGCACAGACCAGGAAGAUGGUGGAGCUCAUUAAGGGUGUAGCCAGCAAGGAGAAGGAUCGGGUGGAGAAGCUCUUUGCAGAAGCCUCGGAGCUGCUGGCCACCUUCCAGAAGGAGGUGGCUGCUUAUAUUGAGGACAGCGAGCGCUCCAUGCUGGGGGAGGCCGAGGCUGAUCUCCGCUGGAAGGAGGAGAGGCGAGCCAAGCUGGCCCAGGGCAAGCAGAACCUGGAGAACGUCCCCAGCACCGACACCAUCUACUUCCUUCAGGAGUUUCAAGCCUUAAAAAUAGCCAUGGAAGACAACCUCUCUCCGGCUCCGAGCUUCCAGAAAGAGCUCAACUUCACCAAGUGCUCCCAAGCCGUCUGUGCCGUCAAGGAUGCUCUGUCAGCUGCCCGCAAAAGCCAGUGGGACUGUUUGCAGGGGAAAGGAGUGGAUGGGAUGAGCUUCCCGAAGGCAGAGGAAGCAAUGACCAAGUCUUCGUUUCCAGACAAGUCAAACAAUCCCGCCUGCCUGGAGAGCCGCGAGUACUUCCUGAAAUUUGCCUUCAUCAUCGACCUGGACAGCGAUACGGCCGACAAGUUCAUCCAGCUCUUUGGCACCAAGGGAGCCAAGCGGGUGCUCUGCCCCAUCCCCUACCCAGAGAGCCCGACCCGUUUCAUCAACUGCGAGCAAGUGCUGGGUGUGAACCUCAUGAACCGGGGCAACUACUACUGGGAGGUGGAGCUCAUCGAUGGCUGGGUCAGCAUCGGCGUCAUUGCCGAGGUCUUCAAUCCACAGGACUCCUAUGACCACAGCCGCCUGGGCCGCAACACGUGGUCCUGCUGCCUGCAGUGGAACGGGCAGAAUUAUGCUGCCUGGUUCGGUGGCUUAGAGUCUGUCAUCCAGCAGCCAUUUUUCCACACGAUCGGGGUCUUCUUGGAGUAUUCGGAGAAGGCUUUGACCUUCUAUGGAGUCAAGGACUCCAAAAUGACGUGCCUGAAGCAGCUCAAGGCUGGCUCCUUUGGGAAGGCCCAGUCGGACCCUUUCCAACAUAAGAUCAACCAGCAGUUUGCAGCUCUGUUCUCCUUCAAGCUGAAACCAGCCUUCUUCCUGGAGAGCGUGGAUGCCCACCUGCAGAUCGGGCCGCUGAAGAAGGAUUGUGUUUCAGUGCUGAAGCGCAGGUAAGUGCCCAAGGAGAAGAGCCCAGAGGAGCCAUUCAUCAUGGCUUCCCUCCGUACAUCGGGGCAGCCCCACUUGGCAAAGCACCUUCCAGAACUGCAGCAUGGAAUCAUCUGGGUUGGAAGAGACCUUCAAGACCACCAAGCAUCAUCCUGACUGACUGCCAACUGGAGUCCCACUGCCGACCCACGUCCCAGCACCGACCCACAUCCAAAAGCCUCUUGAUGCCCAUCAGUGCCGCCAACAAGGAGUGAGGAUCUCUGCAUCCCUCGUGUUUGGCACGCUGUGGAAAAGCCGUGGUCCUUUCUAGGUGUGCUGGAGCCCUGGGCUGUUCUACACCACGUCCAAACAUCGCUGAUGGGAGAAGGAAGGGACUUGCUGGGAAACUCCCAAUUCUUCAAGCACACAGGGUACAUCUGAGCUGUAAAUGCACCCUAUAGCUUAGAGGAGCCUUUCAAACAACCAAAAGCUGCUACGAGUACAGCCUGGAGUAAACAGUGUUUCUUAGGCACAUUGAUAAAAGCCAAUACUUAAAUCCCUUAAGACACCAGGAACAAGUAACAAUUAACAACAACUGCUCUCAAGCCAGCGUUCCAUCUGGGAAAGGUGGAGGCUUCAGGCACGGUGCCCAUUCAUGUGUCCUAAAGGAGCUUUGCCAGCACUGCCCCAAUGAUGCUGCAAAGGCAGCACAGUGCAGCUCCUGUCUCAGCCCUCCCUGCCUUCCUCUGGGUUUAUUUUUCCUGGGCUUAGUUUGCUACCUACCUCCUGAAGCUCACUUGACAGAAUAGUAAUGCUGGGUAAUAAAAAGAAAAAGAAUAUAUGGGGCCGGAUUCUUUGCUGGCAUGAAUGAGUCAGUGGUGACGCACCAACGGUCAGCGGGGCUGGAAAAAUGGCCCGUUGAGCUAAAUAUACAAAAUAUAUGUGUAUGUAUUCCCCAGGAGGGUAAGCUGGAAGUCACAGUGAUAUAUUCAAAGGGAGCCAAGGGGGGAAAAAAAAAAGUGAAUGUGAAAAACAGGCAGGCGUAAAGCCAGGAGGUUUAGAGUUAAAGCCACGUUUACAUAAACACCGCGGCUCCAAUAGCUCCUGUUGCUGGUGAGUGGGUGUUCUUUGCACACGGAGGUGCCGGUCCCCAGCAAACAGCCACUGCUUUCAGCCCUUAAAUGGGGCUGAAGGAUCUGAAUGCAGCAAUCCAACCGCAAGGCAGGAGUGUUAGUUAGCACACAUCCACUGCAAUGUGCCUGAAGCCAUCCCUGCUCCUCCUGAUGUGCUGGGAAAGGGGAGCAGGACUUGCAGUGCUGCAUCUCUGGAUGGACUCACUGUAGCCAGCAGGACUGCUGCCCAGAUGGGAAUUCACUCCCUGUGUCCUGAGCUCCUACCUCGGAAAUGCUUUGCUUCACUCAGCCUCCUGCAAAAUGCCCUCCAGUAGCAGUGAUGCAGUGCAUGCAUCAGGGGUGCUUGGUUAGCAGCUGAGUGCUCGGUGUCAGCAGUGCCUUGCUGGAUAAGAAGGCUGGAGACGUGCAGCAGCGAUGUGCUGGGAGGAAGAGGAAGGAAGGAAGGAGCCCCAAAUGUCAUGUAUCCAGGCGUAGUCCCUACCUUUUGCUGCGAGGAGUAUUGCCAGAGUAAAUAGAGUGGAUCUGGUCCUUUGCCCCGUUUUGUUUGGCCGUGGGUGGAUGGAUGGCUCCUGUGGGGAGCUGUGGGCUCCAGCCACGAUCCCUCCCUUCCCCUCAUUGCCCAAAUCAAGGCUGAGAGACUCCUUGAAACUUUCAGCUGCUUCAUUGGGAUCCAGUGCUUUUCCUCCUACAGCCCCAGGGGAGCAGCUGCCCACAGUGAAGGCAUUGCUCCUGCCCCAUAGCUGGGUGCUGAUGUUCGGCUCACAGAGGGGUCCGGAGGGCUCCUAUAAUGCUCCCUCCCUGCUGCUUCACAUCCAGGCUGGAAGUGCUAGAAAUCCUGUUGGUUUAGGGCAUAAAGCUCAUUCUAAUUGAUGCAAGAUGCCUCUCCCAGGUGUUAGAUCAGACUGCGUUACCAAUUAUUUGGGGUUUAAACUGGAAUGAUUAGGAGACGUGCAUUAUACCAGCCCUGGAUCUCUGAUGUUUGUUUGCUGUGAGCACCACGUGUGGUGAGUUCAGAUAAGCAGCACUUUGCAAUUUAAACAGCCUUUCCCUGCUCCUUUGAGUUGUGUUUUUUGCUGUCACACAGUGUUCCUCUCUUUAAUUAGACGUUUAAAAUACGCAGUUACUAUCGAACCUCUUACAGUGUGUGGAGACACCAUAACAGAAUAAAAUGAUGGCGAUAGAGGCUCUGAUCCACCAUUAAACAUUACCACUGCAGUUGUCCUGUUA